AUGAUAACUUCACCUCCCUCCAAUUCUUCCAAUCCCCGACGUAGGAAACGUAAAGAUCAAGCCUGUGAACCUUGUCGGAAGGCCAAAACACGCUGUGGUCAUACAACUCUCAUUUGCUUGAGGUGUCAACGAAAAGGUGCCGCUGCAAAUUGUGUAUAUGUACCCUCGCAUCCUCCGAGUCAUUGUCCUUCCUCUGAACACUCGAUAUCCAAUCCUUCUCAUCCCGUCGGAGAUAUCACAAACGGCUCCUUAGUGUCGCCGCAAACCUCUGGAUCUGUAGAUUCGCGGUUAGAUCAUGCUGCAGCAUCAAGAAAAGUUUUGGGGUUUUAUGGUCCCAAGAGUUUUUCUGCACCGUUUCUUGACAAUGAAAAUGGCCUCGUGUCGGAUGUCGAUGAUGAAGGAGAGUGUACAUUUUCUUCAGGUUCGAUAACGUCGCCUCCCAUGUUAUCUAUAGUCACGAAUGGACAACAAACCGGGGAAAUAUCUUUGGGGAUGAAAGUUCUGAGUCAACUUCCUGACUAA